AUGAACAUGAGCGAUCAAAAACCUGCGAUCGAUGAUCAAUACCGAGACCAUCUGGUAACCUUCAACGGUCCAGAUGAUCCUUACAACCCAAUGAACUGGUCUUUCCGCAAGAAGUUCAUCACCACAAUCUCUUAUGGUCUCACGACUUGCUGGAUUACUUUGGCCUCUGCCAUUUUCGCUGCCGCCAUUGAACCUGUCUCUGCCGAAUUCAACGUCAACACUGAGACAUCCGCUGCAGCGACAAGUUUGCUUGUUUUUGGAUUCGGUCUUGGACCUUUGGUUUGGGGGCCGUUGAGUGAGCUUUACGGUCGGAAAUGGCUUAUCCUUAUCGUGAAUAUAUGGGCCCCUCACCAACUUGGUAACGCGAUUGUCGCUUACGGAGUUACUAUUGUUGGAGGUCCGACAUUGGGUCCUAUAAUCGGCGGAGCGCUGUGCUCGAGCCGUCUAGGGUGGAGGUGGACUGAGUACCUGACUGGUAUUGUGAUGAUGGCUCAGCUGGCUGUCGAUCUUUUGGUGAUUGAUGAGAGCUAUGCCCCUAUUUUGUUGGCUAGGAAAGCUCAUAAGUUGAGACUUCAGACGCGGGACUGGGCGUUGCAUGCUAAGCAUGAGGAAUGGGACGUAUCCUUCAAAGAGCUAUACCAGAAGUAUUUCAUCCGUCCUUUCCAAAUGAUGGCAACCCCCAUCUGUCUUCUCAUGUCACUGUACGCCUCGUUUGUAUAUGGCAUACUAUACGCUAACCUUGAAAGCUUCUCGAUCGAGUAUCAGGAAGUGCGCCAGUGGGGACCAGUGGUCGGUACAUUGCCAUUUAUCGCACUGUUAAUCGGCAUUCUCUGCGCAGCAGCGGUCAAUAUUUACAACAACAAAUACUAUCGCAGGAAGCUUAUGGAGAAUGGAUACAGGGCUGUCCCAGAAGCGAGAUUGCCUCCGAUGAUGCUCGGAGGUAUCGUCUUUACAGCCGGACAGUUCCUCUUUGCAUGGACCUCAUCUCCAAACGUCAACUAUUGGCCAUCAAUCAUCGGCAUUGCGUUGACUGGCCUUGGCUUCACAACCAUCUUCCAAGCUGCACUAGGCUAUCUCAUCGACACAUUCACUCGUUAUAGCGCAAGUGCAGUUGCAGCCAAUACCUUUAUGCGAUCCAUGUUCUCCGGCGCAUUUCCUUUGUUCAUCAUCCCUAUGUACCACAAACUUGGACUGGACUGGGGAACAACUGUCUUUGGUUGUAUUGCUGCGGCGUUGAUCCCUGUUCCCUAUCUGUUCUUUGUUUGGGGAAAGAGGAUCAGAGGGAAGGGGAAGUGGAGCAAGGACAGCGUUUAG